AUGGAAAAUGGAUGGGUGAUGAUCGAACUCUUUCGGACCAAUAGUAAAAGAAGAGAUGUUGAAAUCAAAAUUUUUCUAGAACAAAUUUACGUGGAUUCUUAUUCACGAAAAGAUGAAGUGGUUGUUGAAGGUAUCCUGUUUUUGCCAGAAAAGAAGUUUGAUGGUAAAAAAAUCAGCAAACAAGAUGUUAUGAAUCCUCCAACAUGGGAAAAUUUAUUACCAACCGACUACCAACAACUCCUAGCACGUAGAAAGAUUAGGGAAAACCCUCAAAAUCACGUUCCUAUCAAAACCAAAUGGCAUGCAUACUCCGUUCUUUCCAAGGGUGUUUACAUUAAAGUGACAGGUUCUAAAGAUAUUGAUGUGGUGAGUCUCUAA